AAAUCGCAGUGCUAAAAUCCGUGCAAAUUGUGAUGGGUCGUUACUGUUAAAAUGGGCUUUGAUAUUAAUAGGUUUCAAGGAGAUGUAGAUGAGGAAUUGGUGUGCCCCAUUUGUUCGGGAGUACUGGAGGACCCCUUGCAGGCACCUGUGUGCGAGCAUGCAUUUUGCAAGUCCUGCAUAACCGAAUGGAUCACAAGACAGCCCACAUGCCCCGUGGACCGACAAAGUGUCACAUCAGCGCAACUGCGCCCAGUGCCCCGAAUUUUACGAAACUUGCUUUCUAGACUGUGUAUAAAUUGUGAUAACGCUCAGUAUGGCUGUACGCGUGUAUUAAAAUUAGACUCUCUCUCGAACCACCUUGAAGAAUGCGAACAUAAUCCUAAGAGACCUUUACCGUGUGAGAAGGGCUGUGGUUUAGUGAUUCCUAAAGAUGAGUUGAAAGACCACAAUUGCGUGAAAGAACUGCGAGCGCUGAUACAGACCCAGCAGCAGAAAAUGAACGACUUCCAGCAGGAAAUCACCGAGCAGCGCUUCCUAAUCAACGAGCAAAAGCGCGAAAUGCAGCUGCUGAAGGAGUUCAUGAGGGCCAUGAGGAUAUCGAACCCUUCAAUGAGGGCAAUAGCUGAUGCAAUGGAGAGAGAUGAAGUCUUAAGGUGGAGCAACUUUCUCCAAAGGGCGCGAGUCACCCGAUGGGGAGGGAUGAUCUCGACACCAGAUGAAGUUCUUCAAAGAAUGAUUAGAAGGACGUUAACUGAGAUGGGGUGCCCCAACCACAUAUUAGACGAUCUAAUGGAAAAUUGUCACGAGAGGAGGUGGCCCCCCGGCUUGAGCUCGCUGGAGACCAGGCAAAACAAUAGGAGACAAUACGAAAACUAUGUUUGUAAAAGAGUACCGGGCAAGCAGGCUGUGCUGGUACUGGCGUGCGACAAUACGCAUAUGGGCGAAGACAUGAUGGUAGAGCCAGGUUUAGUUAUGAUUUUUGCUCACGGUAUAGAGUAACCCUCUUUGUUUUUAUUUUUUUUAAUUACAUUCCUUUUAAAUACAUUAAUUUACAUUAAGUUUAAUCAUAAUCUUUCUCACUGCUUUAUUAUAAAAUCUGGGGUCUGUAAGUGCCACAAAUUGUUCCGUUCUGGUGGUGAUGCAGUCAAUUUUAUCAAUUAGAAUUCGUAAAAUUAGAAAAUUGACAGGAAGUGCACUAAUGAUACAGGAUUAUUCAGCUUGAACAAAUUAACUGUUUUGUAACUUACUGCAAUGUGCCAUUAUUCAUGAACCAAAAGUAAAUUAAGGCUGUGGUCUACUUUAUUAAAACAUUUUCACCCGUUUACGUAUAAAUAGCUUUAAUGGGUCAUUUAAACACCGGUAAAAAUGAAACUAAUUCGCCGCUUGAGGGGCUUUAAACGUCGUUUGUAGAAAAUUUAAUUCUCUUCAACUGUUUUUGUUACGUUUUUCUUGUGUUUUUGAUUGUAUUCGCAUGUAAAUUAUAAAUUUAAUAAAUUAUUCAUGCACUUUAAAAAAUAAUAAUAAUGUAAUUUAUACUUUCAAUGAGAGAUCUAACCAUUAAUAAUUAUUGACUGUGUCUAAACUCCCGGGAGCGUCACGAAUAUUGAAAGUGACGUCAUCAACGACCAGGAUUUUUAAUUGUUUUAUUGAUUUUUUGUAUUUUACACAUAAUUUUUGUUGUAAAUAUUAUAGCAAUCCUUAAAUUUUCCAAUUGGAGGAGAAGCCAAUCAGUCAAGUCUUUAAUAACGAUUGCAAGGCCAAAUUUAAAAAAUACUUACAUUUUAUUUUUUAUUACACAAAAAGUUUGUGUCUUCGAGCAUCAUAUAUAUAUGAUGAGUGCCUAUAAUAAUAGGGAGAAUUUUUUUGCAGACCAGUGUUAUUGAACUUACUUUUUGCAAUCAAGAAAUUAUUAUAAACGUUGACUGCAUCAUCAAUUUUGUUCCAGAACGUGUUCAUUUGUCGAUUUUAUAAUGCGUAAAGUCAUCAAUAAUUCCUGCCGCCAGGAUAAUUGAUUACUUUUGCAUUUUCAAAGAAUUUGCUGUUAAUAUUGAUUUUUCAACAAUAACGGAAACGCUGACGCAGACUUGAAUGUUGGUGGAUGUGCGGUUUUCCCGUUUUGUUUCGUUUUAGUUAUGUAUAGUUUAAUGAUCUGACAUUUGAUCUCAAAAAUUCACAACAAAGUCGUUCCUACAUCCGAUCGGAUUUGGUCUGACAUAACACUAGUCACGUCAGAAAUGUGAUUUAAUUUCUAAAUUUUUUGAAUGGAGGUAUGGAAAUAUCAAACACUAAAUUCUACUCGAAGCUCCCCUACGUUUUGAGGACUAGCAAAGGAACUCAAAGAGCUAAAUACAUUUGUGUAGCUUCUUGCAGUUAAUUUUUGUUAGGGUUUUGGGGGGUGCGAUGUUUAUUUAUUUUGUAAUGUGAUUAAUAUUGAGGCUUAAAUGUACUUAACUUCUGUUGGGCAUUUUGUAGUUCUUAUGUGCUGCCAAUUCUUGUAAUAAACAAGUAAAUUUUUA